GACGGGACCCAGGGACGGCAUGUAACGGCUGUUCUGGAGCGAGCAGCCCGGGCACUUGAUGGAAACUCUUGUGGCUGGCGAGGGGGAGGCGCCUGCUCAGAUACCAGGCAGCCAGGAGGUCACUGGGCCUGUGGGCAGCUACAGACUGAUCCAUGGAUGGACGGACAGAGGGCCCUACCACAGACAGAUGGAUGGAGUGGUGGAAUGGAUGGAGCGAUGGGUGGACGGAUGGAAGGAAGACUUUCUCCACAUACAGAUGCAUGGUUGGUUGGCUGGCUGGAUAGACAGAGGACCCUACCACAGACAGAUGGACAGAGCAAAGGAUGGAUGGAUGCAGACAGGGCCUUCUCCGCAUACAGAUGGCCGGGAUGAAUUUCUGACAGACAGACCAAAGGCGCUGAGGACGGAUCGAUCCAUCCAUCCUGCCCCGUUCCACCCUCUUCCAUCCACCUCCUCCUGCCAACUGACGUUUCCGGAGGAUGCUGAGGCUGAGCUGAGCGGGCCCUGCGGAGCCGCCCAGAGAGCAGGGACAAUGGAGCAGCUGCAAGCCCUGAGCCCCGUCCUCUGCAUUGUCCUCCUCAUCCCUACCUGGACAGCAGCUGUCGCAGAAAUUCCAGUUGGUUGCAAGAGAGAGCCGAACCCAAAUGUGGGAGCAUCCGGCCAGAAACCAGACGGUCUGCGAGUUUCUCAGGAGCCCAAGUCCCUCAACGCCACAGCUGGGGAGAACGUGACCCUGAGCUGCACCUUCCAGAACACAAAUGGCAGCAGAGCCAAGGUGCUUUGGUUCAGGGGCUCUGGAGAAGACGUGGUGCUGGAUGCUAACCACCCCUUCUACCAGGGGCGACUCCAUGUGUCCAGGCUGGAUGAGAUCAAAAAGGGAAACGCGACACUGACCCUGUCUAAACUGGACAAGAGAGACUCUGGCCUCUAUCAGUGCUGCAUCGAAAUCCACAAGACAACAGGGAUGGGAGGAGGCACCAAUCUAACAGUGAUGAGGAGAAACCAGAGUGUGACUGAGGACAGAAAGGAAUCGAAGCAGGACACCAGCACAGAACUCACCCUCUACAGAGCCACGAUUGCUCUGGCAGGCGUCAGCAUCAUCAUCUUAGUUACCGCCCUCCUGCUGCGCAGACGCACAGCAGCCUCCCCAGACACCCAGCAGCAGCAGCCGGCAAAGGGGCACAGCAGAGCUGGUGGUAACGCGAGCAAGGAUCUGCACUACGCCGAGAUCACUUUCAAGGCUCCGGCUCACACAGAAUACGCCUCCGUCCGGACCCAGCGGCUCUGAAGAGUCAGCUCUGACUGUGAAGCAAAGGGAGAUGCAGGGAAUGGCAGGAGAUCCCUUCAUCACACAACCUUGGCGGCAUCUCCCCGGGUUAGUGCUCAGUCAACAGGCUGAGCCUUUUACUUCUGGACAGUUACUUACAGAUGACCGUAGUGAUAGAUGUGUGAGGCUGUGGGCCAGAUCCCCAGCUGGUGUGAAUUGGUGUCACUCCUCUCAGCAAGAGGGGAGGUACAGUUCAGCCCAGGAACCUGGCCCACAGAAAACCUCCAAGUGGUGCCCAUGGGAGUUGUAAUUCAGGUACCACAUUCUCUAUGGGGCAGGCUCCUUGGAAGAACUACAUCUCCCAUGAUGCACCAUGUUCUCUUCUCCGGAUGAGGGGUGGGUGUUAUAGGAGUCCCUAGCAGGGAUGCGUCAUAGAAGAUACACUCUGGCCCAAAGAGACCGAGGCCCUGGAAUGACAACUCCUCCACGGCCCUGCUUUGAAUCAAAACAAUUCGGUUUUUGAGAUUUCACCCCAACAUUGAAAUUCUCUGCAGAAAAUAAUCAAUGAUAGUGUAAAAUAUAUUUGUUGAAAUUUUCCAUGGGGGGAAAAAAAAAUCCUUUUCUCCAGCCAACUCUAAAUCUGAGAUUACAUUUUUUCCCCCUGCUGCCUCUUUCUUGAAAGAAUAAAACUGACCAAUAGAAAGAUGUUUCUAGGUCACAACCAACUUGAUGGCUUCUGCUGGGUGUUAGUACAGCCACGUAGUGGGCUGUGAGUGAAUGAGUUUCUGUGUCUUUAUCAAACAGAAAAUCAAACAGACCGAGAGUAAGAGGUCAGAGUUUGUGAACAAAGCAGAGGAAGCAGCAGCAGCAAGAAAAGGCAUCUGGCCCGUUUUGUUGACUUUACAAAAAAAUAAAAAAGAAAGGUCUGGACACUGAUCUCAGUGACCCUGAGCUAAAUCCAGAUGUCAAUGGAGCCAGGGCCUGGUUCUGCCCUCACUGAAUCCAGAGUGACACCACCUGAGUCAGGGAGACAUGGGGUAAAUUUGGAAUGUAACAGAGAGUCAGGGCUGGAGUCUGAUCUUAGAGUAAUUAGGAAAUCCAGAUUGCUUUG